AUAAAACAUUCCAAAACAUCAACCAAAACAUCCCGCUCUUGACUCUUGUUGUCAUUUAAGAAUUAUUUGAAUUGCACUGUAAAUUAUUCCUUUUACUAGAAGACAGGCAAUAACAACAGCAAUGGAAAUUUGAUACUGUUGCAAAACAAACACAAACAAAAUAAAGUUGUUUACCGCUGGUGUACAUGGGGUUUACAUGUAAAGUUGUUGUUUGUAUACACCCUGAGCCCAGCUGGCACAGCGCCACCUGUGUGUGCAUCUUGUGCACACCGUCUGUGUCAAACACGAAAAGAGCGUUCUAUUCUCCUGGGUGCAACACUGUUGGUAGCAUUUAUCCAAGGCCUCCCCUGUCCGCAACUGUGUUGUGUUGAAAAUCUCUCGUUGCUGGUGGAAUCGUCGAACGACCGAACGAUAGGAAAAAGGCCCUGCGUAAUUUGGAGGAAAAAAACACGUCCCAAUUCGGCUCACGGAUUUCGUCACCCCAAAAACACUCGCACAAGUGUCGAACUGCAGCUCGCACGACUAGCGACUGGUUAUCAAAGUUGUGUGUAUACAAUCUGCUGCUGGAAAGGAUCCCAGGUUUGGGUUGGAACGAUUUGUAGGGCGGUGCAAAUCGACGAGCGAACUGCCUUGCCAGCCUGUGGUGCUGCUCGAUAGUUCGGGGAAAUGAGUUUUGCUUCAGAACGCAAUUACAGCAGGAAAAUUGGUAUCACAACAAGGCGUUAGGUUGCUUGUUGCACCUAUUGCAUCGCUAGACGUGGGAGGAGGAAGUGAGGUGGAAACAGGGAGAAACAGUCCCAUGGUUUGUAAUGCCCGCUUUCUGACCCUAACACGCCACAAGCCGUAGGGUCGAAACUGUGAUCUACAUUAACCCAACCAACCAUUCGGUUGGUCGCAAAAGAGGAACGAACCACAUACCAGCUAGGAUUGUAAAUAAUAGCGUCGUUGUACCGUGCAGGGCAGGCAUGCUUUAGUGUACAGGCCUCCACCCACCCCCUGCAGCACCCUGUUCUAGCAGAAGGCCGGAAGAAACCGGAAACGCAAUAUGGAUUUGGACACGGACUGCUGUGAAUACCCCCAAGACUGCUCGAUGGUGGACGUCCAGGAUUAUGGCGACAUGGGACUAAAAAUGCUCUACAACACAAAUAGUGUGUUGCAAAAGAUUGCCAACCUGUACGCGGAACGGCUUAUGUCGGAUGUGACGCUUGUGGUGGGCGAAAACCGAUAUCCAGCCCACCGGAUCAUUCUCUGUGCCAGCAGCGACGUGUUUCAGGUGAUGCUGAUGAACGCGACGUGGCGCGAGUUCGGGGACGCGGUCAUCACACUGCAGGAGGAGGACAAGUGCCAGGACGUGUUUCCCCAGUUUCUGCGCUACAUGUACGUCGGCAAAAUGACGAUCUCGGUCGAUACGGCCGUGUACAUACUGAAGCUCGCCGACAAGUACAACAUCCACGAUCUGGUGCAGAUCUGCAUCGACUACAUGAAGCGCCACGUUAACAAAGCGACCGCCAAAGGACACUUUGUCGAGUGGCUGCACAAUGCGCUGCUCAUCUGCCCGGGUCGGAAGGAUUUGAUUACGCUGCUGGAGAACUAUCUAAAAUGGAACCUGGAGCGGAUAGUGGCGUACCCGGGCUGGGAGCAGCUGAGCCUCGGUCUGAUGAACUGGCUGUUGCAGCAGAACGAUCUAGUCGUGCGCAGCGAGUUCCGGCUGUACGAGCUGGUCGAGUGUUGGUUUCGGUACCAGAAAACGGCAAUCGAGGAGCGGGCCGACAUGCGGGAACAGGACCGGGAAAGUGCAAUCAAUAAGCUCAUCAACGGUGUGCUGGUACACAUACGGUUCGCGAUGAUGAGCCUACCGCAGCUAGCGAACGUCCUGAUGAGCGGUGCGUCCGUGCGGAUGCUGAAAGAGUUUUACGUGGCGCGGGUAGCGGACGGGAUGAAUUUUCACUCGCGCCACCUGGAGAUAGUCAGUGCCAUACGGCAGAGCGAAACGGGUGAACUGUUUUUCACACCGCGGCUCUACACCAGCGACCUGUGGAGUUUGGAGAUUGCGGUCAACUACUUCCACAAGGUGGAAAAAUAUUCGAGCGUCGCGUCGGUGUUCUUUUCACCCACCAACUUCAGUGAUGUCGAUGAAGAGAGUAAUGGUUGGGAUGUGGAGUUUUUCCCGCUCGGUGUACGCUACAAACCGGCACAGCUGAUCGGUAUCUACAGUGCGGCCACCAAUCGGGAAAUACCGGAAAGUAUCAUACGCACGGUACGGUUAAGAAUUACCAGCCAGUCGGCAAUGCGAACGGAACGCCGGUACAUGAUCGGCGUCCUCAUCUGCGGUAUGAUGAACGAUGAAGAGUACGUCCGCAACUGUCACGUCCGCAUGGCCUACUUCUCCAACGAUCAACGGGUGCUGAAUAUCGAUAAUUUAAUACCGUUCGAGGAGCUGCAGCUAGGGGCGCGCAAAUUUAGUCAAUACAUGGUCGGCGAGCAGCAAAACACGAUUAAGAUUAAGGUUGUUAUCGUACCGCUGAACCGAUUCUCCAACGUAUUUGCUCCAUUGUUGGAGUAGUGUCGGGAGCCUGCCGAACCUUUGCAGAGAGUAGAAUUGUUACUUUCAUCCCCGCCCGCUGUGCUGUUCUCCCGGUUUGGCAGCGACUUGUGGUAGUUUCGACCGGAUAUCGAUUCCAGAGCGGCACUGAAACGGCAUACUUUAGGGCGGGCGAGUGCUAGCGGUACUUUAUUUUCCCAAAUCCUAUCAUCAAAGGAAAAUAACGCCCAUUACUUGUGAUAUAGUGCUUGUUUUUGUUUUGUUUUGAACUUGAAGGAAGCGACAAAGAGUGAGCUUUCGGUUGAGCUAGCCACAUCACAGGAUUUGGUUUAGUUUUUUUUUUUCUUUCGCUUCCUGUGUUGGCUUACUGUUAUUCACUGCAAAUCACAUCACUAGAAUUAUUUUUAGUUACAAGCUAGAACCGUAUGCAGACCGGGUUGUGCACUGAUACAGUGGCCGAUAUUCCUUUGCAAGCGUUGCUAGCGUUUUAAAAGUUGGAAUCCCAGAUGACAAGGUACCGUGGUGUCUUCUUUUUGAAAUAUUUUAUCUUGAUUGUUUUAUAUUUGUUUUGCAAACCAAAUUUUUAGUUGCACAAAAUAAUUUAUAACUUAACGUCUAAGCGGCCGGUGUAGAACGUGUACAGUACAUUAGGUAGUCGGAACGUCGGUUACUGUAUUGCGCAACCCCCCCCCCCCUCCUACUUCCUCUCCACACUCUCCUCCCCCUCUCCUACUUCCUCUCCACACUCUCCCCUCCCCUCCCCACGUGCCACAGUCAUAAACCCCCCUCUCUGAAAGGUUUAGCGUAAGCGCGGGACAGAGCGUUAUAGUAAAUUUACAAGCGAUGCUGUGAAUAUAGGAUCACCGUGUACAGUUAUUACCAUGUGGCGGUUAGAAAACACAAAAACACAAAAAUAAAAACGGGCGAAUCGUUCUGUUUUGCGUAAUAUUUUCGAUUGCAUAAAUUUUCAAUAAAAAAGAACACGUAAAGGACUACGUGUUGAAAUACGUGUAA